UUCAAAAUAUUUUACACGAACUUUCCGUUGUUUUGUUGAAUAAAUAAUGGUCGUACCGUUAAUUAAAGGAACAGUUGAAAUAUUUACAAUGCAAUUAGAAUCCCCCAUUGAACAAGAAGUCUUGAGUUUACAAGAGUAAGUUAUUGAUGAAUCUUGUGUAGAUAAUAUGCGGAUACUUGCGUUAUGUUUCAUUUUAUCGACACUUAUUUUCAAUAUUGAAAUGCAGGAUGACGUUAUAAUUAAUACAUUCAACUUUCCUUUUGGUGGUCCUUUCAUGGGGCUUUUCGUCACAUUAAGUAUACCCUUAGGAUUAAAGAAUGAAGACAUUUUUCUUGGAUAUAAUAUGGAGGCAAAUUAUGUACUGCCAGAAAACCAGACGUUCCUUGCAUACCCACCUAUACUUGGAGAGGGUAGAGUUAUGAGGAGUUCAGUUUAUCAGUUACUUUCCAGAAAAUUAUCCAGGUUUGGUUACCCAGGCUAUGAAUGCCUAUUAAGACUGAUCUGCGAUAUAGCAGUACAUCCAGUACACAUUUCAAAUGGAGUUCUAGGCGACCUGAUCCAUAUUUUGUUCACGCCAUCAACUUCAGCAGACGAAGAUUUCCUUGAGGAAUAUCUAGAAGCCGAGAGACAAGGCAUUGAGUCAGGAAACUGCUCUAUAUAUUAUAAGAAUUGUUCAGAAAGCCUUCUCAGUCUCUUCACAACAGUUUCAGACACGAAAGAUAUUUCAUGAAAUUUCAAUGAUUGUUCUACUUUUUUUCUAAUUCUAUAUGAAAUAAUCAAAGAUUGCUUCAAAAAGACGUUUAUUAUUUUAGAACACAAUAUGAUAUAAAAACAG